CUCCAUACCAAUUCUUUCAUCCAUUGCUUUUACUUCUGCAUUUGGAUUGAGAUCUGAUAAGCAUGGAAUUGGAGGCCCCAGUUGAAGAGAUGACAGUGCAGGCUUGCACUAAUACCAACUUUGUUGAGACAGUGCCUGAGGUUGAUGAGGUGGGGAAGGCUUUUGUUGAUCAAUAUUAUUACAUGUUUGAUCAUAGCAGAGGCAGUUUGCUUCCAUUGUAUGAGUCAUAUUCUACUAUGAGCUUUGAAGGAGAGAAGAUUGAAGGUGCCCACAAAAUCUCAGUGAAGCUUGCCUCUCUUCCCUUUGAUCAAUGCAAGCACCAUGUCUCCACCAUUGAUUGCCAGUCCUCUGGAGUUGCAGGGGGUAUUAUUGUGUUUGUAAGUGGUACCCUUCAGCUCCCUGGUGAAGAGCACCAUCUUCGCUUUAGCCAGAUGUUUCACUUGGUUCGUACGCUCGAGGGGAAUUUCUAUAUUCAAAAUGAUAUAUUUCGGCUCAACUAUGGAUGAAUCAUCAAACUAUUUAUGUUUGAUAAUUAUAAUUCUAGUGAAGUUAAAGUUGAUAUUCUCAAGAAAAUAAAUGUAAGAAUUAUAUCUAUUUCUAUA